UAGCGUGUUUUCACACCCGGCGAGCGCUUCGGCAGAGAUGUGACACGCAGGAGAAGCCAGAAAGCAUUUGCUAGGUGGAAUUCAGAGACGCUGUGCACUAGAGAUCAGCAGCGUCUUUGAGACUGAUCUUAGAGGUCCUGGCAAGCAAACUUUAUUCCAGUGCUUCGAAAGAUCCCUGUGAAGUGUCUCGUUGCAAGAAGAGACGGAGAAGAUCUUGUGGUUGCUAGAAGUGGUUGGGUUUUGCGCUGACAGAAGCGCUGCUCGCAGCCUGCUCGCUGCGCGGUUCGAUUCCCGCAGCUCGCUGUGCUGGGAAUUGCAGCUCCUGCAGUCUCCUGAGAACAUUUUUUCUGAGUGACUCCGGCUUCCAGACACAUUUGCCAUGAGAAGGGUUCCAAUCCUUUCCUGUAUUUGCCCUGAGUCAUGAAUGGAUAUGUGUGAUGCCUGCAAGUAAAACUGGGUAAGAAGAGUGACCUUUUUGGGUGGCUGUAACUGAAGAUUGCUUUACAGGAGCAACUGAAGAAGGUUUUUGAGUCAUGAUGCAAGAAUCUGGGACUGAGACAAAAAGUAACGGUUCAGCCAUUCAGAAUGGAGCGAGCGGUGGCAACCAUUUACUAGAGUGCAGCCUGCGGGAAGUGAGAUCAAACGGCGAGACACCUUCCGUUGAAAUUGGGGCUGCAGAUUUAGCACAUCUCCAGCAACAGCAGGCUCUCCAGGUGGCACGACAGCUUCUCCUGCAACAGCAGCAGCAGCAGCAACAGCAGCAGCAGCAACAAGUUAGUGGAUUAAAGUCUCCGAAGAGGAAUGACAAACAGCCAGCCCUUCAGGUUCCAGUGUCGGUGGCUAUGAUGACACCUCAAGUGAUCACUCCCCAGCAAAUGCAGCAGAUCCUCCAGCAACAAGUGCUAACUCCCCAGCAACUCCAAGUCCUGCUCCAACAGCAGCAGGCACUCAUGCUUCAACAGCAGCAGCUUCAAGAGUUUUAUAAGAAACAACAGGAACAGUUGCAGCUUCAACUUUUACAGCAACAACAUGCUGGAAAACAGCCUAAAGAGCCCCAGCAGCAGCAAGUGGCCACGCAGCAGUUGGCCUUUCAGCAGCAGCUCUUACAGAUGCAGCAGUUGCAGCAGCAGCACCUCCUGUCUCUGCAGCGUCAGGGGCUGCUGACCAUCCAGCCCGGGCAGCCUACUCUGCCUUUGCAACCCCUUGCACAAGGCAUGAUUCCAACAGAGCUGCAGCAGCUCUGGAAGGAAGUGACAAGCUCGCACACAGCGGAGGACGCAGCCAGCAACAACCACAGCAGCCUGGACCUGUCCACCACCUGCGUCUCCUCCUCCGCGCCCUCCAAGACCUCCUUAAUCAUCAACCCACACGCCUCAACUAAUGGACAGCUAUCAGUCCACACUCCUAAACGGGAGAGUUUAUCCCACGAGGAGCACUCACACAGCCACCCGCUGUACGGACACGGCGUAUGCAAAUGGCCGGGCUGUGAAGCAGUAUGUGAAGACUUCCAGUCGUUCCUAAAACAUCUCAACAGUGAGCAUGCGCUGGAUGAUAGAAGUACAGCCCAAUGUAGAGUACAAAUGCAGGUUGUACAGCAGUUAGAGCUACAGCUUGCAAAAGAUAAAGAGCGCCUGCAAGCCAUGAUGACACACCUGCAUGUGAAGUCAACUGAACCAAAAGCCACCCCUCAGCCCCUGAAUCUGGUAUCGAGCGUCACGCUUUCCAAGACCGCGUCCGAGGCGUCUCCGCAGAGUUUACCUCAUACUCCCACCACCCCGACUGCGCCCAUCACUCCCGUCACGCAGGGACCGUCGGUCAUCACUACCACGAGCAUGCACAACGUCGGACCCAUCCGGAGGCGGUACUCGGACAAGUACAACGUCCCCAUCUCUUCAGCAGAUAUUGCCCAGAACCAAGAAUUUUAUAAGAACGCAGAAGUUAGACCACCAUUCACGUAUGCAUCUUUAAUUAGACAGGCCAUCCUGGAAUCUCCUGAAAAACAGCUAACACUAAACGAAAUCUACAACUGGUUCACGCGAAUGUUCGCCUACUUCCGACGCAACGCGGCGACGUGGAAGGGUGCCAUUCGCACCAACCUCUCACUGCAUAAGUGCUUUAUCAGAGUAGAGGAUGAGUUUGGGUCCUUUUGGACUGUUGAUGAUGAAGAGUUUAAACGUGGCCGUCAUAUUCAACGAGGCCGUCCUCGAAAAUACUGCCCUGAUGAAAACUUUGGCGAGCUUGUUGCACAUAACCCUUCUCUUAUUAAAAACAUACAGACCAGCCACACCUACUGCACACCUCUCAAUGCUGCUUUACAGGGAGAAGAAGCAGCUCUCUCCCCCCUCUGUCUGUGGAAGGCUUCAAUGGCUGAGAACAGUAUACCUCUAUACACUACUGCUUCCAUGGGAAAUCCCACUCUGGGCAAUUUAGCCAGUGCGAUGAGGGAAGAGCUCAAUGGUGCAAUGGAGCAUACGAACAGUAACGGGAGUGACAGCAGUCCAGGACGUUCCCCUAUGCAAGCGAUGCACCCUGUGCAUGUCAAAGAAGAACCAUUAGACCCAGAUGAAAAUGAAGGCCCACUAUCCUUAGUGACAACAGCCAACCACAGUCCAGAUUUUGAUCACGACAGAGAUUAUGAAGAUGAACCUGUAAAUGAGGACAUAGAAUGAGUAUGUCUGACAUCGUUAUCCUGAGAAUGAAGAUUGGAAGAACACGUCAAACUUAGCUGUGAAAUCUCUCCAUUAUUGUACAGUCUGGAGGAUUCUCAGUCCACUUUGACAACUAUGAAAUAUGUUAACUCUUAGUGCCAUCAAGUAUCCCAUUUGGGAGUAUUUUUGAUUUUUCUACUUUUUGUUGAAAAAAGGAAUUUGUACUCUGUGCAUUGGAUGGACUUGUUUGGUACUUGGGAUUUUCCUCUCUUACAGUCAACAUCAGUGUUGUAAAUUUGCUAAACUGAUUCACUUGCAUUUAGCAGCCAGCUGUGGACUGCAGGUCCUGCCAAUUUUGGACACUUGAGGACAUCAAACUGAGCAUGUACACCUGAACUGCAGAUCAAGUCUUUGCCCAGAUUUUAAGGAUUCCAAUGGACAACAUAUUUGCACAGUACUGCAUGUUGAUUAUCACUGCCUUUACUCCAUUUUUUUUUUGUUUCGUUGGUUGGUUUCUUUUUUUUUUUUGGUUUUUUUUUUUGCUUCCAUUUGGGAUGGGGAAGGCCUGUGUGUGCACGUGUGUGGGUAUGUGUGCGUGCGUGUGAGCGUGUAUAUUGGGGAGGGGUUCAAAGAAAAAAUUAUCCCAAACUUUUUAAUGUAUUGCUUUUCUUCCCCCGCCCCACUUCUCCUCUACCAUUUUAAGUUCUGACCUCAGGCCUCAUCUGGGCCCAGGGCCUCUCAGAGGCUUCAACGUUUUCUGUACUUUGUGAUGAAUGUUAAUAGGUGUUUUUAUUAUACGAAGCUGAAUGUCAUUGAAUUGUUUGUAGUUUUUUCUGUCAUUCAUUCCAAUUUCCUUCAGAUGCCACCAUGUUUUCUUUAGCUAUGGAAAACAUUCCAUUUCGGUGUCUCCUUUUUUGUUGUUGUUGUUUUUUGAAAAGGUCCCAAAUGCUGCACGAUACAUGUGGAAGGGUUGUCCAACGGAGAGAGAGGAACGAAGUACUGCAAGAAUGAGAAUGAAUGACAGAUGAACAUAGAAACACUGUAGGAAGCAACACAGAUUCAUUCCACAAAGCAGUAUUUUUAAUAUAUUCUUGUUUUGUUUAGGUUUUUUGAUUUUUUUGAUUUUUUUUUUUUUGGCAGCAACGGUGAAUAUUAGCAAAUGCCACAAAAUUGAACAGCACAAAGAAACAUAUGCAGCACCAACAGAGUUCACUUUUAGUAGAGAAUGAAUAAUACAGUGGCAGGUUCUCGGUUGUUUAACACGAGUUCUAAUGGGUCAACAAAUCUUUCUGGAAUAUCUAAGAUUACCGAGAUGGGCACCUAAACAUUUAUUAUUACAACUUUAUUUUUUUUCUAUUGUUUUUUCACAUUUGCAUUUGCAAAUGGUGGUUGGAAAGAUGACUUCAUCAAAUUGUUACUGUACAUGGUGAUGUUUCACGGUUAAACAUCAGUUCAGGAUUGCUCGGUGGCGUUAAUCUGUUUGAAUACAAAUUAGAUUUCAGAUUGAACUUGUUACGGGAGUUAAUAAGGACGGGGCCCCACUAAUGCUAAAGUGUUAAUUUUCAGCUGUGCAAAUCCAGUACUGCAGUUAGGAUUGUUAUGCAAUAUUACACCAGCCAGUAUGGAAACCUCGCCGGAGGAGUCGGGAGAGUUGGGAGAGAAUUGGCGCCGGGGCUUGUUAGGCAAAACUGGCAAAGCUCUGCAAAGCAAACACGACAUACAAAAUCUGUUGCCAUAGGUCAGUAAACCUCAGUCACCAAACACCUAAACAUUUUCAUUCUGCAACCACUUUUCCGUCACUCAUUUAUUUAUGUAGGACUGUAGCUUUUUUUUAUUAUUUCGAAAAGCCUUUCAGAGCUUAAUUUAUAUUCUUCUUUGUACCUUUUUUUUUCCUAAAAUUACCAAAGAUAUUACACAAAGGUAAAUUAUGUUCUCUGUUAUAUGCUUUAUCUUAUGAAGCCAAAUAUCCUCUUAUUGUUGAUCAAAGGAGGUUGAAGAAUUUAGAGGGAAAUGAAAAGAUGUGGGCUAUUGCUAACCUGAGAGGGAAACUGCUCCUUUAUUCUAGAAAAUUUAGAAGGCCAAGUAGAUGUCUGAACCAAAGUUGUUACUUUUUAUUUGCAAUUCUUUACAGUGACCAAAAUGAAAGUCUGUAAAGAGGAAUCGAGGAGAGCUUUUGAGGUUAAAACUAGGAAUCAGUGUUACUGGGGGAGCUAUGAGAAGGGAGCUGAAGAAAGCAAAGACACAAUUAUUUUGUGGAAAAUUAGAGUAUCACAUAAAGGAGACAGUUUAAUAACACACACAAGAGAACAGAAAAGCUCCCACAAUUUAACUGGACGACAUAAUGGUAUUUCUAGAAUAAAAAGGAAAAAAAAUUUUUUGGUCUUUGGUUCUACAGAUUGUGUGCCACUUCUGUUCCGGGACUGUGCUGGGAUGUCUGCUUUAAUUUUGGUUGAUCUUGGCACAUUUACUCAGUUUUGUUUAGUUUUUUUGGUCAUCAUUUUUCAUAAGGAAAUAACACUCCUGUCCACUCAUAAGCUUUGGUACAAGAAAUUUUAUUGGCAGUUACUUUUAUAAAACUCAACUCUGCUUUCUGUUUCAAAAAGACAAGGAAAAAAAAAAAGAAAAAAAAAAGGGCAGUCUGUGGUCAUUUGGAAACAUUUUCUUUUUUUUUUCCUUCUUUUUUUUUUUUAGUUUUGGUUUAAAUUAUAUCCAGGCAGCUUCGUGACGUGCCGGCGGUAGCCAGACAGGGAUCAUGAGAAUUGAGCCCUGUGCUUCAAAACUGAGUGGUUUGCUGGUUAGUUCGGUAUUCAGAAGGGGGAUAAAAAUCUGGUAGAUUAGUUCAUUCUCAGCAUGUGUAGCUAGACAUGAGUAAAGAUAACAGCAUGAGAAAACUGUUAGUACGCAUACCUCAGUCCAAACUGUUAGGGAAUGAGUAAAUAAAAAAUACAUUUCACUCAGUUGCACUUAGUUGUAUGUCUUGCAUGCUUAGUCUAAAGACUGUAGCAAAAAUAAAAAAAAUUAAAAAAAGAGAAAAAGAAACAAAAAAUUAGAGUUUAACAUAUCUGGCAGGUGUUGCAGCCUUGCAGAAGAACCAACUGAAAAUCUCAGGCUUUACAUCAAGCAAACUUCACUAUGAUUUUUACAAUUCUGAUUCUGUAUCCCUUUGGAUAUACAGUUGCUUCUUUAGGGAGGGGUUUAUUAUGUUGUACAUAUAUAUCCCACUGUGUCUGUGUGAGCCUUUGUCUUUUGGGGGGAGGGUGGGGAGGGAGGAAAAGGUGGAAAGGUCCUUUUUUUAGAUAUCAUUCCUCAAAAGGAAUAAAUGCAGACCUGUUUGUCAAAACACCUUUUGCUUUUUGUGCAACUGCUUUAUAUUAACUAUACUAAAAAAUAGCUUUGAAAAAAAAAACUACUGUAUGUAAUGGAAUUGCAGAAUACGCUGCACAUGUAUUUUAUUUAGUUAUCCUUGCUUUAAGAAUAUUGGAUGACAUUUGCUGACAUGUGGGAGAAAAUCCCUGACUUUUUUUUUUCAGCUUUUAAAUUGUAACAUAGUUGACAGAUUUUUUUUUCUCCUGUUAUCAUUGAUCGAAGCAUUUUUGUACAGUUUUUGUGUUUAAGCUGGUUUUUUUGAUACUUUCCCACCCCUUCUGUUAUCUUACCACUGCCUUUUCUGGCUGUCUUAAACAAAGUUCAUAUAUUUGAAAGGAAAAAAAAAAUCGUUCAAAAAAAAAUGUUUUUCUCCUGCUGCAGUAAAUAUUUUGCAUGAUGAAUUCCAGGGUCACACUUUCAAAGUUUAUCAGUGAAGUAGUGAUUAAUAAUGGGGAGUGUCAAACUAUUGAACUUUUUGUAUAAAAAAACAAAAAAAAAACUUUACAAGGUGCCAAGAUGUAAAGACAAUUUGUUACAUGUUUUUUUUCUCAAAGAAAAGCGUACAUUAUGAAAGUAGUACCAUGUAUCAGGUAAAUCGCUGUCAGGAAUGAGAGUCAAAGCCUUCCUUGUCCACAAAAAAAAAAAAAGUUUGUAAAUGUAAAACCUGUUAGGUUUCUGCAUUCAACUAGAAGUGAAAUGAAAAAAACAAAAAAAAAUACAAAAACUAAAUCAAGGCUUAUGUAGAACAAGUGACCACAAAAAAAAAUGACCUUUUUUUGAUUCUCACUCGCAAGAGUCCCAUGGCAGGUCCUGCACCUCCCCUUUCCUGGAGCUCAGCUUCGGGGAGAGACCAGGGCAGGGAUGCUGGUUCUACAAAUAUUGCAGAUCAUUAGAUAUUUUAUAUAUAUACAUACAUAAAUAUAUAUAUAUAAAGUUUUUUAAAAUAAUUUUGAACUAUUGUAGUUUUCAGAUCGCCAAUAAUCUCACGUUCAUUAUAGCAUGGGAAAAAAAAACAACCAACCAAAUGUGUUUAAACUCUUUUGAAAUCCUUUGGUACCUUUGGUUAAUGAACUCACAGUGAUUUUUUAGAUGUUUCAAAAGUCAUUUAGUAUUCUAGUCUUGCGAGGUGAAUUUGCAGUUCAGGACUGCAUUUUAAUGGGCCCAGAACAGGUAACCAAGUAUCUUCUACCCAUAAGCCUUGAUGAAAAUGGUACAGUCCAGACUGUUAGCAUGGUGCUUCGUGUGUAUGUGCUGCCAGUAACAAGAUUUUUUUUUUUUUUUUGAUAAGGCAUAAAAGAAACUCAUUCCUUACAUCAACUGUAAUUCCAUCAUUCCAUGUCUGUUGAUACAGACAAUAAAAAAUGUUGUGUAGUCAGUACUAAUUACUGACAUUAUAGCAUUCUCAAAUGCAAUAAAAAUGCUGGUUGUUCACACUGGUAAUGCAA